AUGUCGCCUCCCUCAACAGGGUGGAAGAAUAAACCAGGCAAGAAACCAGCAUACAGCAGGUACCAAGCAGAGCCUGAUUUGGAGGAAGGAACAGCCGUAGAUUUUUACCAUGAGGGCAACUUGGUAUGUUGGACUGAUAAUGGGCUUGAGAUGAUACAGUGUGUACCUUACAAUGGAACAGUCACAGGUGCAAAGGUUAGAGUUGUAACAACAGGUCUGAUUUCACCAGCUGGACUUGCAUGUGAUUGGUUAACACAGAAGUUAUAUUGGACCGAUGAUGAGACCAACCGUAUUGAAGUGGCCACCAUAAAUGGAGAGCAUCGGAAAGUUCUCUUUUGGGAAGACAUUGACCAGCCACGUGCAAUUACUCUUGUUCCUAUGAAGAGCAUAAUGUUCUGGACAGACUGGGGUGAAGUUCCAAAAAUUGAACGUGCUGGCAUGAAUGGUGAUCCUACAACUCGCAAGGUUAUUGUCCACGAAAACAUUUUCUGGCCCAAUGGUUUGACUGUGGAUUAUGAUGCCCAGCUGGUGUAUUGGUUGGACGGAAGGCUCAAGUUUGUAGAGGUGAUGGACUUUGAUGGCCGGAACAGAAAGACCAUCAUUAAAAAGGGGGUGAACUAUUCAUUUGCACUCACUAUGUUUCAGAACAAGGUCUAUUGGACAGAUUGGAAAACAUGGGUUGUAGCCAUAAAUCCAACUUCCAUCACCAGUGACAACCUUCGAAAGAAGAAAGUUUGUAUCCUCUUGAAGCUGUUGUUGAAGUUCCCUGCAGACUUCGCCAGGGCACUGCAACGAGCUCGACUAGAUGGCUCAAGGCAAGAAAAUCUGGUAGUAACAGAAGUGGAGCAUCCUGAUGGACUUGCAGUGGACUGGGUGGCCCGCAACCUGUACUGGACAGACACUGGCACAGAUCGAAUAGAAGUGGCUAGACUCACAGGAGCUUCUAGGAAGGUGUUGAUUAAUGAAGAUCUGUUUGAGCCUCGAGCAAUUGCUGUUGCUCCAGAAAAGGGCUGGAUGUUCUGGUCUGACUGGAAUGAGAAGGCCCCUAAGAUAGAACGUGCAGCUCUAGACGGCUCCAGCCGCAUGCACUUGAUAGACAGGGAGCUUGGUUGGCCUAACGGCAUUGCUUUGGAUCUAGUGCGAGGCAAGAUCUAUUGGUGUGAUGCUAAGACAAAUAGAAUUGAGGUUGCUAAUAUGGUUGAUGGAAAGGACCGUCGUGAAGUUAUAAGCGACAACUUACCGCAUUUGUUUGGGUUGAGUCUCCUUGGAGACUACUUAUAUUGGACAGACUGGCAGAGGCGAAGUAUUGAUCGAAUUAAAGUUACUGGAAACGGACGAGAAGUUAUUGUUGACCAGUUGCCCAACGUGAUGGGAUUGAAGGCAGUUCGACUGGGAGAUGUGAAAGGAAGUUAUCCGUGUACAUAUAACAAUGGGAACUGUAGUCACUUGUGCCUCAGCAGACCACAUGAUUACGUCUGUGCAUGUCAGAUUGGUUACGAAUUAGCAGCAGAUCAAAGAACCUGUGUCGUUCCAGAGGCAUUUCUUCUGUUCGCUCGAAAAGAGAACAUUGGUCGCAUAAGUAUUGAAAAUGGUAAUAAUGAUGCAGUCAUUCCUGUGACAGGAGUAAAAGAUGCCAGUGCUUUGGAUUUUGACAUCAAUGAGAACCGCAUUUAUUGGACAGAUGUAAAAGUGAAAGCUA